AAGUUUUACUCUACUGUUUGGAGCAAGCUGACAGCCAAUGGCUGCCAAGAGAAGUGCCGGGUAUGAAAAUGAAGGGAGGGCACUGGCAGGCAGGCAGACAGGCGGCAAAGAAAGUACAGGAGUACAGGAGGGAACUGUAAAGCAAAUGAAAAGAGAACAAGGGAGGAGGAACAGGAGUAGAAGAUUACAAAUCUUUGUGUCUUGCCCCCAGGGGGCUGAAAUAUAAGACAGUUAAUGAGCACAGCUGGGCUGUUCAGUAAGAAGGGAAGCCAUGCCUUGUAUAGUCCACUCCAGUGCUUCAAGGCAGCCAUCCUAGCAGUGUGCACUAUUGUGUUAGGCAGAAAAAAAAAUGAGAGGCCUUUUGUGUCAGAAGGCCUCAGUAGGGAAGUGAUUUGCAACUUCCUGGGUCUGCCUGCACUGUGCAGUCAGACAGAGAACACACCACUCUGUAUGUCAUUGCCUAUGUGUGUCACAUCUGCAUUUUCUGUGGCCAACAGCGACACCGGGCUUCUCUUCACUCGUGAUGAAGACAGACGUCAGCCUGGCCAAUGAGUACUGAUAUGGAGGCUUGUCUGCUUUCGUAGACGAACAGAAGGAAGCAAGAUGGCUGCCCUUUAGGAUUUGUUAAAGAGAGGAUCCAGAGUGCUUUUUCUGGAAUUCUGCAAGGUGGAGGGACGCAGAAAAAGGUACGGUCAGAGGGCAGCCUUGUGGAUGUGUCCAGGACAAGACAGAUGGAACAGGAACAGGCCAAUCAUGUGGCAGACAAUAGACUGAGUCCGCUAUUGGUAGGGAAUCCCAGUAAAGUACACCAAACCGAAAAAUUCAGCCCCAAAUUGCAAAAUGGAAAUCAAUCACCCGAAACACUCCAACAACUCCAUCGAAUCAAUGGAGAGUACAAAUGGCUCCAAUAUAAAAGUAACCAAGACACGGGUCAAAUGAAGAGACAUCAGGAAAGCUGUUUGAGUCCUAUGGGAAUGCAGAAUCAGUUAGAAAAUCCCCAAUGUUUAGAAAAUGGUGGGAAUAAGCGCUUUUCUAGUGACUCUUCCUUACUGGGAUAUCAUCAGUCUAAAAAGUUAAAAGUGGACUUUGAUCUUAAGAUUGAAGAAAACAAAAUGACAGAGAUGUGGAGUGAGACGAAAGUUGCAGAGACGGAACCUAAGCAAAACACUUUACCAGAUCUCACAAAAUUUUUGGAUUGUCACUGUGACGGUCUGGAGUGCCCUGACCACCUUCAGAAUCAUCAGAAUGAUCACACACUGGAAAAACAAUUUCACUGUUACAACGGUAAUGUUUUCUCCAGAAACAACCAGGUGCCAGAAACCAACGGUGCUACAGUUUUUUCUUCUUCUUCUUGUUCUUCUUCUUCUACAACUACUUCUUACACUUAUUCUUCUUCCAUCAAGGAUGUACAUGAUGAUUUGCUGGAAAAAACACUGUCUCAGUAUUUUCCACAACAUGUUUCCACUGAAUUGCAAAAAUGCAUAUCUCAAGAACAUUUGGGCAAAAGUCCAGCUGAUUUGCAAUGCGAGGCCAAGAAUUCAACUUGUACAUCACAGAUGGACAUUUUACCUCAAACCUCAGUUUCUACGCAGCCACAAGUGCCAGAAACGGUAUCUUUAGAUGUCCAAUCCCCCCGUGUAUGUAAUGCACCAAUUGGUAACAGUAGCAUGAAUGCUUUCCAAGUAGUGUCUCAGCUGUCACAAGGGCAGAAGUCAUAUACUGCCCAAUCCACACCACUUCAUAAGCAGAAUGUGGGCAAUGCAGAGGCACAGAUCCCUCAAAAUAUCUUAUCACCAGGAGCAGAGGGUAAUGUGAAAAUACAAACUGAAUGUUUGAAUAAUGAUCACUUGACGAAGCCAAAUAUGCUUCUCGAUAAGGGGACUUUUCCAGGUUUAAACUCUAGCAACCCAUGUAGUCAAGAUGAGACAACUUUCACAAGUUGUGAAGAUGGAACUGAGAAACCCAUGGAGGAGAUCAUGCAAAUGGAUGAAUCCACAGCUGCUUCAUCUUCUUCAGAUGUACAGCACAGAUUACCAGAGCAUAAAACAAGGGAAGACCAAAAUGCACCUAAACGCAGAGCUGAGUUAGAGUCAUCUGUGCCUCCACCAUUGCAGAACCAUCUACCUCUUCCACAGUUAUCCAUAAAAGAACCAGAAACCCUGGAAUUUGGUCAGCAUGAGCAUGGAGAUAAAGCACUUCAGGGCCUAAUGACCUCCCAAAAGCAAGGAAGGGAAUUAGAAAAUGAAAUCAUAUGCAAAGAAGAAACAGAUGGAAUACUACAGCAGCCACACUCCUAUUCUCAGAUAGAAUGGAUCACACUCAACUCAUCUCAGCCUCAGUCUCAUGAGAGUCUUCACCCAGUCUGGGAAAAUGUAAACUCUGAGUUACAUCAUCCGAAACAAGCACACAGUCAGGAUCAAAGUCAUUUGCAAAAUCCAAAAGUUGAAGAAGCAUUUCAUAUGCAGGCAUUUAGUCCUGUAGGCAUUCAGCAGCAAGACAAGGCAAUCCAGCAAGCGUCACUGACUGAUGCGGCUAAAUGGCACAAAGAGAAUGUAAACCACUCACUGUCAACUUUACUAGAAUCACAGACUCAGCUAAGUACAUGCCAGCAGUAUUUUCAUCCUCAGCCGCAAAAACAGAAUUCGUUCCAACCUCAGCAGGAGCACUUAAGUGAAGAAGUACAAGACAUACAACAUCUGUUACCUUCACAGUUUUUGCAUGAGCAGCCACAUAAUCAAAAUAUUCAACAGCCACAGCAAUAUUUCUCUCAGGAUGCAAAAGACAAGAAAGCUUCCCAGGUGCAACAUCUUGCUCAUCAGCAAUAUGACUACCAACUACUAGAAGCAUACAACAAAUUGAAAUUCUCCUCCAAGGAACCACAUCAUAACCUAUUAGCUAAUGUACCUGAUACAAAUUUACCUGCAAAUCAAUAUCAGCAAGCAGGAUUGCCUAUGAGCAAACAGGCCUGCCAAAAGAACUUGAUGCAGUCAUAUGGAAACAUCAAUGGUGCUAUAAAAGAGGAGCAUUGCCAGUUCAGUAAAAUACAGGAUGGACAGCAAUCCAGGUAUUCUCCACACCCUGGAACCUCAAAGCAAUAUGCAGAGUCACAGCAAAUGCAGAGGUGUAACAUUCAGCCUAGAAAAAUGGCUGGCCAUUCCCCUCCUUCACAGGAAACACUCAAGUCUACACCAGGACAGAGUACACUAAGCUAUCAUGCUUCAAAAGAACAUGUAAUUUCGGAAGUCUAUCCCAAGUCAGAAUUGCGUGAGUCUUGUGCAAAAUUUUCACAAGGACAGCUGCAAAGCUCGGCUCGGCAUGCUGCACUGCGCUGGCACUUGUUGCAAAGGCAAGAGCAGGCUUUCCAGCAGAAUUCAGAAGACUUUCAACGCAUUCUUCAGUCUAUCAAGGUUGAACAAAGCCCACAGUGUGACCGUUCGGUGACAUCACAAGAUAGAGUUCUUGGAAAUUCAUCCAUGAAAAAUAAGAUUAAGCAAGAGUUUCCACAAUCUCAUUGUACUCAGCAGAUACAACAGAAGAGUAUUAUUGCCACAAUGGAACAACAACUUAAACAAUAUCACGUAUCUCCAUUAUUUGAUAAAAAGCCAAUGACCACAAAGUCACCAAAACAAGUAAAAAUAGAAAACUGUGGCCCUAUUACUAUUCUGUCAACUAACACUAACUUGGCAACUGAAGAUGUUAGAGCCUCAACCCAGAAACGGGCCAGUUCUGAGAUUACUCCAACAAAGAAAAGUUCUCAUAACCUUAAUGUUUUUUUAGAGUCUCCCCUAAAGCUGCUGGAUACUCCAAUAAAGAACUUAUUGGAUACACCAAUCAAAACUCAAUAUGAAUUCCCAUCCUGCCAUUGUGUUGAACAAAUCAGUGAGAAGGACGAGGGCCCCUAUUAUACUCACCUUGGGGCAGGGCCAAAUGUUGCAGCUAUCCGAAAAAUAAUAGAAAACAGGUAUGGUGAAUCAGGAAAAGCCAUUAGAAUUGAAAAAGCUGUCUAUACUGGCAAAGAAGGGAAGAGCGCACAAGGAUGUCCAAUUGCUAAGUGGGUAAUCCGCAGGACAAAUAAGGAAGAAAAAAUCCUGAUCCUGGUGCGGGAGCGAGCAGGUCACAGUUGUGAAACUGCAGUUUUAGUGAUCCUUAUUCUUAUAUGGGAAGGAAUAUCCAAUACUCUUGCAGACAGCCUGUACGUCGAGUUGAGUGACACUCUAAGGAAACAUGGUGCUCUUACAAACCGAAGAUGUGCUCUCAAUGAAGAACGAACAUGUGCAUGUCAAGGUCUGGACCCAGAGACCUGUGGUGCUUCAUUUUCUUUUGGCUGUUCCUGGAGCAUGUACUAUAAUGGAUGCAAAUUUGCCAGAAGCAAAUUGCCUAGAAAAUUCAGGCUUCUGGGUGAUGAUCCUAAGGAGGAGGAAAAACUUGAGUCAAGUCUGCAGAAUCUGGCAACUGUAAUGGCCCCCAUUUAUGGAAAGAUGGCCCCUGAUGCUUACAGUAACCAGGUGGAACAUGAGCAAAGGGCAGCAGACUGCAGGCUGGGACUGAAAGAAGGUCGUCCAUUCUCAGGAGUGACAGCAUGCUUAGACUUCUGUGCCCAUGCACACAGAGAUCUGCACAACAUGCAGAGUGGCAGUACACUGGUGUGCACGCUAACCAAGGAGGAUAAUCGAGAUAUUGGUAAAAUCGCAGAGGAUGAACAACUCCAUGUUCUUCCUUUAUACAAAAUCUCUGCAACGGAUGAAUUUGGCAAUGCGGAAGCUCAACAAGAAAAAAUUAAGUCUGGUGCUAUUCAGGUGCUUACCUCGUUUCGUCGGCCAGUCCGAAUGUUAGCUGAGCCUGCAAAGACGUGUCGCCAAAGGAAGCAGGAUGCCAGGAGGGCGGCAGCAGCAGCAAAACUUUCACACUCUGAUACACCAAACAGCAAAUCAGAAAAGAAUAACAAUACAAAAGUGAAAGAAGGCACUUAUGACAAUGUCCAAAGCACAGGUACAAGCUCUCAUGCAGCUCAACUUUCUGCUGGAAACAUGCGGGCCAAUUUCCAAAGCCCUGGAUUAUCUAAUCAACAGUCGAAGAACCUGAUUCCAGGCUCUCCACACCUCUCAAAUUAUCCAAGAUUUCCAUCCACAUCCAGUUCAUACUCAAAUACGUCGGAAUCUUUAGCUUCUUAUCCGUGUUCCUCAACUCCAGGAAAUUUGACCGCAAAUUCUUUGUCAGUGCACAAUUCUUUUCUAAAUGGAUCCACUCCCACCAAGCAUAGUUCCAAUUCAGUGAAUCCCACUAGCCAUUAUCCUGGCUAUCAAUGUAAUGGAAGUAUAUCUGUAGACAAUUAUCUGUCAGCUGUUAGCUCAUUCAAUUCAAAUUCUCAAAAAAUCGAAACAUUUCAGCAUCAAAAUCCAGAAACUCUUAGCAAGCUAGGGAUGCCACAAGUUCAGGCCUUUUAUCCUCAGCAUCAAUAUGGAAGCCAUCAAACCUAUCGAGUUGGUUACCAUCAUCCGUAUGGAGAACAUGACAUGCAGGUCAAUGGUUAUAGCAACUAUAGCAUGAAGAAUAGUGUCCACCAGAUGGGGCGUUACUCAUCUUUUGCUCCGAAUUCCCAAGUCAAUGCACACUUUUUGGAAUGUAUUCCUCGCUCGUCAUCUGUCCAUCCAAGCCUUGACUACACAGCUGGUAGCAAAGCUGGCCAGUAUGCCAAUUAUCCAAAUCCAUACCUAGUUCAUGAACAAAACCCUGCAGUCUUUGAUAGGAAUCCUGAUUCUUUUCAUACACAAAGUAGAAAUGAACUUCUUUUUAAAGGAUCAAAUGGAUUUUCUAAAAUGCUUCCAUCUCUUGCACCUGAGCCUGGUACUCCCUCCAAUUCAAGUUACAGACAAGUAAAUGGAGAUGUACAAAAUGGCACAGCCCCCUCAGCUGCUGUGGAAAAUCACAAAGAAGUGGAUGAGGAUGUUUGGUCAGACAGUGAGCACAACUUCCUGGAUCCUGAAAUUGGGGGAGUCGCAGUUGCCCCAAGCCAUGGCUCAAUCCUGAUUGAAUGUGCCAAAAGAGAACUUCACGCAACCACCCCAAUUAAAAAGCCUGACAGAAACCACCCUACCAGAAUCUCUCUAGUCUUCUACCAGCAUAAAAGCAUGAACGAGGCAAAACAUGGACUGGCUCUGUGGGAAGCAAAGGUGGCCGAAAAAGCCAGAGAGAAAGAAGAAGAGUUAGAAAAGCAUGGUUCUGACAACGUCCCUAACAAACACAAUGGCAGAAAGGUGAAACGAGAGCAUUCGGAUCUCCAUGAGCACUCCGAGCCACCAUAUAAACGUUUUGUUCAAAUGCUAGCACAACAGUCGAUGUCCCUGACCACUGACUCCAUUACUACUACAGCUCCAUAUGCCUUCACCAGAGUCACAGGGCCUUAUAACCGAUACAUUUAGCAUCAUAUUCAGGUCUUUCUUUCAUAUUUCCACAGUCUAGGGCUACAGUUACCGGCACUAAAACAUAUAAAACCUCAUUACAAAAAAACCUCCUACUUAACUCUACAUAAAGUUUGUUCUAAGCUAGUAACUGGGAUAAACUCAAAGUGAUCCUAUGCAAAGAUCUGGGUUCUAUACAAGAGAAUUACUGUACCUAUACAAUUGUACAUAGCCGUGAUCAUCACUGCUAGAGCUUUACAAACUGUGGUGUGGAGCAUUACAGUAUUUUUUUUUUCCUCAAAACUCACUCUGGUGCUGAACGUCCAAUAUCAUCAGGACCGCUACUGGAAAUAAAUUUAAUUUAAUUGCUUUUUUUGUAAUUUCUAAAUUUAUUUAUCAUUAUCUUUUGAUAUAACUAUUUUAUGUACACAGCUAGGGAAAAAUGAAAAAGCUUGAUUUUGGGUUAUUUAAUGUCUUGGUGCUAUAAAGGAAAAAAUAAUCACUUGCUCUAAAAUUUCCGCUAUAUUAUGAGGAUUCUGAUUUUAUGUUAAGCGCUCAGGCUAAGGAGCCAUUUAACUCACCCUGAGAAGAAUUAGUUCCAAAUGAGAAUGUCUACAUCUGAAAUGUAGACGGGAUGAAGACAUCUGGAUGGUAUUUUAGUUUUAACGAUGAACUGUAGGGGAUGUUUUAAUACUGGUCUUUUUGAAGCACUUUGCUUAUUUAAAUGGAAAAUGAUUUGAAGGAGCAAAAGCACCUUCACAUUUUAGGAAUUUACUGUAACUUGUGUGAUGUAAGGAAGACAUCACAAUACAUCAGAUCUAUGGUUCAGCCAUAAUGGUGCUGGUGUGCUCUGUUUUAAAUUAAAAGCAAUUAGGUACAGUUCAGUGGGAUCUUACUGGAUAAUCUUGUUUUUUGUCAAUUCUGGUGCUUUUAAAACUGAUAAGUUAAAGGUGCAGAAACUAAUAACCAGCAUUUUUAAAUGUGUUUCACAUGCUGUGAAAUUUUAAGGAAAAUAAAAUCAGUGGAUCAUGAGUUAAACAAUAUUAAAAUGGAUAAAUACAGAUGACUGUUGUCAGUCUAAACAUAUUCUGUUACAAAAAAAGCCAGAAAGCGCUUUUACUAAAUCAUGGAGGAUGCAACUAGGAUGAGGUGUAUGUUAACAGUCGGGUUAACGGGAUGAAGGGCAGCUGUGGAGGUUUAAAGUCAUUGUAAUGUAAUUGUAUAAAAUAGUAAAUAAAGAGUUGUACAGUAAAUUAAAUUGGAUUUUUAUACCUGAAGCUUUAGAAGUAAUUACUGUAUAAAAUCUAAUACUUGUUUUUGGUUUGAGCUGAUUUUAUUUCAAAAUGGUGCUAUAUGACCUUUUGUUAUAUAUGUCUAAUGUGAGUUUUUAUGUGCGGCAAGAAGGGUUUUAAGAAAUGUUCCUUGUUGUCAUAUACCUCAGCACUAUCUUGGCAAUAGGAUUGAGACAUAACAGUAUAGUUUUUAUUACUUUUUUUUUUAUUUUAUUUUUUUUUUUUACAGUUUUAUAUGUCAUCAUGGUAACAUUAAGAAAAAAAAGCCUUGAAGCAACAGUGAACUUAAAUGGUAAUUUGCAUACUUGAUGUAUCAACAAGUAUAACUUGAAAGAUGAAAUUUGAUUUUAAUUUAACGUGUUUCAAAAUCAGGGAAAAUGCAGCUCAUAUUUUCCACAAACCAGCAUUGCCUGUCUUCAUGUGUCAGCUUUUUACUUUUUAUUUUCUGGUUUAUUUUUUACAUAUUGUAUUGUUUUCUUUGGGAUUUGUUAUUAAAUACUAGCUUAACUUUAACAUUUGUAAUAUUAACUAAGUUUUUAAGUAAUAUGUUUUGAAAUAUUUGUGUGUUUGUGUGUAUGUAUAUACAUACAUAUAUGUAUAUUUACCUGUAUAUUUAUCUGUCUGUGUCCACACAAACACACACACACACGCGUGUAUGUGUAUAUAUAUAUAUAUAUAUAUAUAUAUAUAUACAUACAUUUGUAAAUUUAUAUAUGCCAUAUAUAUAAUCCUGUUCUCAGACAUUGUCCACGUGGAGUUUACAUACCCCAUCCCAUGUCAGCCUGAGUUUUCAAACCCAGGCACUCACACCCCCAAAUUCAAGCAGGUUAGAAUGACUGGUAAUUUCAAAUUGACCCAGUCUGAGUGUAGGUAUGUGUGUAACUUGGCACUGCAACAGACUGGUGCCCUGUCCAAGGCCGUUUUCUUCCUUGUACCUAGUGCUGCCGGGAAAGCCUGUGGACCAACAUCACAUUGAAUUGGUUUACAUUGGAUGGCACAUUUUUAAAAUAUUAUCUAAUGUAUUUAUAUACACAGUAUAUAUAUAUAUAUAUAUAUAUAUAUAUAUAUAUAUAUACAGUAUAUAUGUGUAUGUACAAAUACACAAACAAAAGCUCAUAUAGAAAUGAAUAUAUGUAUAUUGUGUUGAGUUACUUUCUUAAAAUGCAAUUCAAUAAAUGAACAAUCAAUUGUUUAUCAGAUUUAUUUUGUUAUGGUGAUGCAGUAGUUGGCUCACCCCACUUCAGCAGGCCUGGUUUAAAUCCCAGCUUGGUUGCUCUCUGUGUGGACUUUGCACAUUCUCCUAGUGUCUGUGUGACACUUUCACCGGGUACUCCAGUUUUCCUUUUAUGUUCCAAAUUUGCGCACCUUCAGUUAACCGAGGAAUUGAAAUUGGCCUGGAAUGAGUAACUAGGUACAGAAAUGUGCCAUGCCUUGUGUCAGUUGCUGAAAUAAUAAACUGUAGCUCCCUGCGAUCAUGAAUUUAGAUUAAACAGGUUUCAUGAUGGAUAGAAGCUGCGUUAAACAGCCUAACCUGUUGACAAAAUUGUUCAUCUAUUGAAAUACAAAUAAUGUUAAAAACUAUAUAAAUUUAUGUAUACUGUAAAAACUGAACUAAAGUUGCCAGCAGCUCCUGUUUUAAUCUUAAAUGAAAGUAAAAUUAUGCACUGAGCGGAGUAAAGGUAUAAAUCAUUGAUGUGAUAAACAGCAAUACCAUACAUGUCCUCGUCUUAAAGAAAUUCAUCUAAACAAUUAAAAUGUGUCAAUUAUCAAAUUUUUUCAUCUUAUGAGAAACUGGCUUAUUUAGCUGUGACCAAUUAACAAUUGAGCUUAAUGGGUUUGAUUGGGGGACACUAAUUCUUUCUUUAAAGUACUGCCCCUGUUGCGUAAAGCACUUCAUUACUUUUCACUUGUAAUUUAAGAAUUAGACCAGAACAGACCAGAAACUCCUAGUUUACUUUAGAGGACAAAAGAGAAAAAAAAAUAUUUAAAAGAACAGCUGAGAAAUCUUGCAAAAUGUAUUUUAGGUAACCAUGAAAUAGCCCACUUUUGUUAAUGAACUAAAAUUUUCUAUGUGAUAAAUUUAUAUCCUGUUACCAAAAUCUUUAAGUUCCAACAGCAGAUUCAUUAUUUGUUUUUAUUAGUUUUCAAAGAAAGUAAUUUCCAGUCAUUUUUCCUGAUACUAAUAAUGUUUGGCAAAUUUUUCUACUGUAUAAACAAAAUAUUUUGAUACGGCAUUCCCCAAGGAUAUUGGAUGUAUGACUGAGUAAUGAUCUGCUCCAUUCAAAAGAAUACAAUAAAUACUGUGUACAGAGGUCAUGAGACAGAAUAGAUGGGGAUGGUGUAGAGUAGACUACCGGACGCAGCAUCAGGAGCAGGUGGGGAGUCUGUCUAGCACGAUAUAUCGGGUAAAUUACAGCCAUACUUGAAGAUGCUUCUGAACGGUGUUUGCAUUACUUGAAUGAAUUUUAUUUACGCUCAAUUGAUGUACAUUUGUAUACAGCUAACUUGUAAAGCUAACAGACCUGUGUAUACUUACAUAUUGGUUUUAACAAUUUGACACUAAAUAAAUCUAGCUGUUUAAUCUCACUGCUUUUAUUAUUUUUUAAGGAAAAAAAAAUACUUCGCUUCUGUAAUUUCCACAAUGUCUGGUUUGUUAAAACAACUGAGGGUGGAUAUAAAUACUGUAAGUAUUGUAAUGUACUGAAUGCAGUUUAUUUGAAAGCUGUUAAUUAUAUCAUUCCUGAUAUUGCUGAGAUGUGGGUGUUUUUAAUAAAAUUUCUAUUUAUUUAAAGCA